CGCAUGACAUACUGUUGCGAGCUUGCAGGACAGGAGGCUCUCCCGAUCUCUCAGGUUGACCCUCCGCCAUUAAUUGCGCAUGGACAAUUCCAGAAUGAACUCUUUUUUGGAGUACACAAUUUGUAACCGUGGGACGAACGCCUACUCGCCCAAGGCUGGAUACCCCCACUUGGAUCAGGCGUUCUCGGGCCCCUUCCAUGCCGGACACGCAAGUGACAGCUAUAACGCUGAUGGACGACUUUACGUAGGGGGGAGCAACCAGCCAGCAGCAGCAGCAGCAGCACAACAUCAGCACCAGAGCGGCGUCUACGCGCAUCACCAGCACCAAACUCAUCAGAGCGGCAUUGGCCUUUCCUACGGUGGCACAGGGCCUACGAGUUAUGGGACCCAGGCCUGUGCCAAUCCGGACUACGCUCAACACCAGUAUUUCAUUAACCCUGAACAGGAUGGUAUGUAUUAUCACUCAUCGGGGUUUUCAAACUCAAACGUGGGUCCUCACUAUGGCUCCAUGGCCGGUGCUUACUGCGGGGCGCAGGGAGCCGUUCCAGCCGCACCUUACCAGCAUCAUGGAUGCGAAGGCCAGGAUCACCAGCGAGGCUACUCACAAGGCACCUACGCCGACUUAUCGGCCUCCCAAGGAAGGGAAAGGGACACGGAUCAGUCGCCACCUGGGAAGACAUUCGAUUGGAUGAAAGUCAAAAGGAACCCUCCUAAAACAGCUAAAGUGGCCGAUUACGGACUGGGACCACAAAACACAAUCCGGACGAACUUCACAACGAAACAACUCACGGAGCUCGAGAAAGAGUUUCACUUCAGCAAGUAUCUCACGCGAGCGCGGCGAGUCGAAAUAGCUGCCACGCUCGAGCUGAACGAGACACAGGUGAAGAUAUGGUUUCAGAACCGCCGAAUGAAACAGAAGAAGCGAGAGAAGGAGGGACUCGCGCCUGCUUCGUCCACCUUGUCUAAAGACCUCGAGGAUCACUCUGAUCACUCAACUUCAACAUCUCCAGGAGCUUCUCCAAGUCCGGAUUCCUAACCGAGGACAAUGACUUCGGGUGCAUUGAACAACAGAUUCGAAAUAUAUCGUAAAGUUUAUUAAUUUAAGCAUUCCACAAUGUGCCCGAAAGUCCUUUUCGUCUUUUUUUAUGAUGGACAAUUCAUUUUAGGAAACCGAACGUCAGGCGAAAAAGUGAAGAGCAGAGAGACUUUUAGCACAACAAUGAACAUAGUUACACCGUCUCCUCGAGCAAAAUUACUAAUAGGCUACUUUUUGGAAACGUUUGUGUGUGUUAUACAGGGUAUUUCUAUUAUGAUAAAUAUAAUGCACUUUCACAAUGUUUACAAGACUCUAAACGAACCUAACUGACUUUACAGGGAGCUUAUUGUUUUGUCAAAAUAUGUAUGUGUGUUUUUGUUGCGUUUAUGAAAAUGUACACAUUUCAUAUAUUUGAGUUUUGAGGAUUGUAGCUAUAGGGGUUUUCGGACUCCUUGCACUAAGCGUUUACAGGGUAGGCCUUUACUGAGCACCAGCACAAUUUUGUUGGAAUAUGUGAACGAUUCCUUCACAGUGUGCACUGUGAUAUUCCAUUCCAUUUGUCAAUUUACAGCGAUUAAAUUCGAAUCUUGGGAAAGUUCUAUUCCGUUUGUAGAAAAAAAAGGACAAUGCAGGGUGUUUAAAAUGUACUUUUUUAAUUAAAACAUUUAAUCAAUUUGAUCUUUUAGCCUAGUGUUUUUUAAGCGCAGACGAGCUGAGUUUUAUUAGCUACUGUCUUUAUGAUUCCGUAAUCUAAAUGUCUCAAUCAAAUGCUUCUGUCAAUUCUUUAUCUACCUCAAAUAAAAACAAUAUUUUACUGAACCAGUCUCUGCAACCAGAUUACAUAUGUAUGUAUUACGUGUGUACGUAAUAUAGGAAAAAUACAAUAAAAAUAAGGGAAAAAAAUGUUAGUAUGGAAUGAAUUAUGACAAAGGUUUAAUAGCUCUUCUCUUCACUUGGAGGGUGAGAAAGCGACCACCAGUCAAUAGUGUUGUAGGAUGCUCGGAGAACGGAACGGAAUGUUGUUGAGCAAUCAGGGUGGUUAAAGAUGACCUUUUUACCUCGGUGUGCUCUGGGAUAUCUAAACAUCCAAACAGACUCUCUCACUGAGUGGUUUAGGGGUGGCACAAAUAGCACUGAGCCUGAGCAAAUUAAAAGAAAGACAAGCUUUCAAGAAACGGAACAGAAUUGUGGGCGGUGCAUUUGAGUUAUUGAGUGUUGUUAUGAAUGGGAUUCUUAUUUACUUGCUAAACACAUUAAACACUUUCAAAACCAUAAAUCUUUAGAAUAGUCCGCUGCAUGCGUUGCAUUAUCAUUCUCGAGUGCUCAACAACAAAUAAAGCAUUCUUAAAUGUGAAAAGUAUCUAUUUUUCAUUAGC